AUGUUCUCCCACAUCGAACAGCAAAAAAGCGUGUACUACACUAACAAUUUGCAAAUCUUAAGGCCCCAUACCUUGGUCUACAAAGAGAAAGCAACGCCCAUAGGGUUCCUUUGUAGUUCACUUUUUAAACCGAUCCUAAAUCCUUUUGUAACAAAUAAUUUUUUAUUAUUCCGGGAUUGCUUUAACGUACUUAUACUUUUAUUAAAAAAGGGUAUCGUUAAUCCAAAUUAUUUUUAA